UUCCUGUAUAAAUAUCUACACAUACGCUCAUUGCAGUAAUAUACACAUAAUUUUAUGAUGAAAAUAUUUAUCUUACAUUUUGUUUGCUGGUUUAUGAGAAGAAACUGCUUAACAUUGGCAUUAUCUGAUCACAUUACAAAUUCUCCCAGCAGUAUGCCAGAUGAUUCUGAAAAGGAAAUAAACAAGUAUCUUUGUCAAGGAGAAACACUUAAUAUUACCUGUCCAUACAACUUUUUUAUUGUGUUUGAUGAUGCAAACUUUGGUCGUGGACAUUCAGACAGUCAAAGAUGUAGACAAUUAUUGGGCAGAGAAAAUACUAAUUGUGACCACCGCAAGCAGACACUUGAAGUCUUAAAUGAUAAAUGUCACGAUCAACAACAGUGUAUUCUUCUUGUUAACAAAAAUAUUUUUGGAAAUUCAUGUUGGGGUGUCACAAAGUACCUAAAUGUAAAAUAUCACUGUAGAAGAAAAGUUAAAAAUGAGGAAACUGAAACCACCGAGAAUCCAAGUAUUACUGAUCAUCCAAAUAUGACGACUAAUUUUAUCAAUAAUACCCAGACUACAGUUACAAAUACAACCAUUAGCUUCCAGAGUGUUAAUGACAAAUUAGGACAAUCAUCUACAAAACAUCCUGAACCAGAAUUAACCAUCGUUGGAAUUGUGCUCGGUGUUGUUUUAGCCCUGAUUUUUCUUCUAAUAGGGGCUUUGUUGUUUAAGAGAUUAAGGCAAUCAAAACAACAAAAGGGGACAGCACGUACUGAAGAAAUUGAAAUGAAUGUAGAAUCCGAAAACCAGAAUCAUUAUGAUUAUUCUGAAGUAAAUGCACAAUCGAUGGGCAAUAAUGCAAACCAGACGUUCAAUGUUCCAAUCGGACUGCACCAGGCAGAAAACGAAUAUGAAGUCUCUACACAUGUGCCUUCAAGAACAGAAAGUGAACCGUUAACAUAUGACGUCCAUAUGUCGGACAAUACGUACAACGUAACAGAAACUUCCGGUAAUCAACCAAAAGAUGACGUAAACAAUACUUACGAUCAUUUUGUUGGAGAACAAACCGAAGAUCAGUAUGAUAUUGCUGAGAACAAAGUAAUGGCUGCUACCAAAUGUAAAACAAAUGAGGAUUUGUAUUCUUAAAGUCAUAUGAAACCUGAUUUUAAAAAAGUUGAUUAUGUUUUAUAUACUUAAAUGUCUAAAUCUAACUGUAAAAUAAGCGUAUAAGAACUGUCCUCUAAACGAAAAUGCUUUAUAUUAUCUUCAUAAAUGUAACGAUACUAUACUAUUGUCUCAACAUUCAGAUAUUCAAAAACUUCGUUAAAAUUUCGGCAAUUGUAAAAGUCAUCGCAGGUGCGAGGAGAAACCCGUGAUGAAAGAAUGUAGACAAAUGGCACGUGAUGGUAAUUAAUAAUAGUAUAUUAUUGAUUCUAAAACAACAAAUUAAAAACGCCAAAUCAUUCAUCGAAUGUAAAUGAAAAAUCAGUUUACCAUUUGGAACGGAUGGACAAUUAAAACAAACUAGAUCAUGGCUCUAUCAAUUCAUUUUUUUCAAUAUGCUCCACUUACUGUUUGUUGAUCUAGUUUGUUUACUUUUAUCAAAUCUCGUUUAUGUCACUGAUUUAAAGAGCAAGAUAUAAAAGAAACGCGUAAUCGUUGUAUUAUUAAUCAUGUUAAGAAUAUUGGCUUAUUUAUAAAAACAGUCAUAAGAACUGAGGGCAGAAGUCUUAUAUUUUUUUCCCAUGUGUUCAUUUAUAAUACAAUUGUUAUUUCUUUGCUAUGUUAUGUUCAGUCACACAAACUGAAUAUGUAUAUGUGACAAUAAAACUAUUAUUUGAUGGUCA